UAAGUUAUGUAGUCUGUGGCCUCAGAUUAUGAGUAUGAGCACCGACAGAGUAAAUAAUCAUCACUCCGUUUUUAUAAAAUUGUGAGAUUACAGAUUCUCUCUCAGUCUCGUCUCGACUCGAUUCACUGCCAGUCAUCUAUAAAAACCUGUUACCGAGUGAUCUAGUCAUUCUCCUUAAUUUGGUUGGAAUCAUCACCACUCCACUUACAUGUUACAAAACGUUUUAAAUACAGUGAAAUAUUCUUCAGUUUGGCUAUUGAAGCAAGACCUCAACUAUCUUAGUUUACGCAAAAUGAGUAUUGACAUUGGAGGCAUGAGAAUAAAAUACAAAGAUAAGGAUGAGACCUUCCUUGAGAAACAUCUAGUCUCCAAAGAGCCUUUUGGACAAUUUAAGGUUUGGUUUGAAGAAGCUUGUAAUAGGAAAGAAAUUCUUGAGCCAAAUGCUAUGUGCUUAGCUACAGUCUCGAAAGCUGGACUUCCUUCUGCUCGUUUUGUUCUGUGUAAGGGAUAUGGUAAAGAUGGUUACAAGUUUUUUACUAAUUACGAUAGCAGAAAAGCCAAAGAGAUGAAUGAGAAUCCCAAUGUUGCAGCAACAUUUUAUUGGGAAGUGUUGAAUAGAUCUGUUAGGAUUGAAGGUAAUGUUGAAAAAUUGUCAGAUGAAGAGUCUACCACAUACUUUCACUCUCGUCCUGUCCCAAGCCAGAUAGCUGCUAGUGCAAGUCACCAAAGUACUCCUAUUGAAUCCAGAGAUAUUUUAUGUGAACGUGAAUCAGUCUUAGAGGCAGAGUACAUGAUCCCUGGAAAAGAAAUCCCAAAACCCAAUCACUGGGGAGGAUAUAUCAUAAGACCCCGAGUAAUAGAAUUUUGGCAGGGUCAGCGUGAUCGCUUGCAUGAUAGAAUCAGAUUCCGAAGACUUUCAGAGGGAGAGUUUAUUGAUGGAAAAUUACUACAUGAAGGUGAAGAUGGAUGGGUUUAUGAAAGACUUUCACCUUAAUACUUUUAUUUCUUG